AUGAUGUGUGAGAGGUUGGUAGUUGUUGCACCAAAUCCCUCACCAGUCACAAACCAAUAUUCAUUCCUUCAAAACCAAAGACCAUCACUCCACUCUCUCACCUACCAACAAGGCAGUACCCUUUCUCAUACAUAUCAGUUCUUCAUUUUCCUCCUUCUCUAUUACCACUGCAUCUUUUUUUUCUCCCUCCACACACCCAUUUUCCUGUUCACCCUACCUAUCAUUCAAAUCAUGGAUUUCUUGCAUGCUCCAGAAAAUCAGGUACUUCUGGCUGUGGCCGUGGCCGCCGUCGCCGUUGGGCUUGGUGCUGUCUUUCUCUUUUCAUCUAAGAAGCGCAAAGGUUGCUUGGACCCCGAGAACUUUAAGCAGUUCAAACUUGUUAAGCGUGCACAGCUGAGCCAUAAUGUUGCAAAGUUCACAUUUGCCCUCCCAACACCUACAUCUGUUUUGGGUCUUCCAAUUGGGCAACACAUAAGUUGCAGGGGUAACGAUGCACAAGGUGAAGAGGUUGUCAAACCAUAUACCCCUACAACUCUGGACUCUGAUAUUGGACAUUUUGAACUAGUUAUUAAGAUGUACCCACAAGGAAGGAUGUCCCACCAUUUCCGGGAGAUGCGUGUUGGUGACUACCUUGCUGUGAAAGGACCCAAGGGACGUUUCAAGUACCAACCUGGGGAGGUUAGGGCAUUUGGAAUGCUUGCUGGAGGGUCUGGAAUCACUCCAAUGUUCCAAGUUGCUAGAGCUAUAUUAGAAAACCCUAAUGACAGGACCAAAGUACAUCUUGUCUAUGCCAAUGUUACAUAUGAGGACAUUCUUUUGAAGGAAGAACUUGAUGGUCUUGCUUCUAACUAUCCAGAUCGAUUCAAAGUAUACUACGUGCUAAAUCAGCCUCCGGAGGUGUGGGAUGGUGGUGUUGGAUUUGUGUCUAAGGAGAUGAUUCAAGCCCAUUGCCCUGCUCCAGCACAUGAUAUUAAGAUCUUGAGAUGUGGCCCUCCACCUAUGAACAAGGCCAUGGCUGCACACCUUGAAGCCCUUGAAUAUUCUCCUGAGAUGCAGUUCCAGUUCUGA